CCGAUUGCCCUGGUUAUAUCUUUCCUUCUCGGGUGCCUGUUCAGCGGUUUGAUAGAAUUAAGGAGCAAGCUUGCCUGGCCUUUUGCUCUUUUGUUUUUAAAUUUCUUUUAUUUUACUUCUACCGCGUAUUCUCUGUUUUGAUCUAUUGUUUUUUGUUCAUUCCAGAGUCGACUGCCCUCGCACGACCAAGGCUAGGCCGAGUUAGAAGUCGCCGAAUUUCUUGAUGCUGGAGAUGGGGGAACCAGGGAAAGAAUCAGAGCCAACUGGCUCAUCGUCCCCCGGGUUGUCCUCUUGCGAAGAUGCAGUAGAAAUUGUAGAGAAGUCGGGGUUCGAGAACGACAGCCUCUCCUUCGACCAUGGCUGGAAAGCAUGGUCACAAGUUUUGGCCUCCUGGAUUAUGUUUUUCGAUACAUGGGGAAUUGUGACUGCAUUUGGUGUUUUUCAAACAUAUUAUGAGCAGGCAAUACUUUCCCAGGAGUCGCCUUCGACUAUAUCUUGGAUUGGAUCCAUACAGUCCUUCCUCCUGCUCUUCAUCGGGGCCGUGACAGGCCCGCUCUUUGACGCUGGAUAUUCCCGGCAUCUCCUGAUUUCGGGCACAUUUCUGGUUCCAUUUGGACUCAUGAUGACCAGCGUAGCUAAGAGCUUUUGGCAAAUCCUUUUAGCACAGGGUUUCUGUCUUGGACUUGGCUGCGGGUGUCUUUUUAUUCCCUGCGUGGCAAUUAUUCCACAGUACUUUAAGAAGAAGAAAGCCUUUGCGAAUGGCAUUGCUGCUACGGGGAGCGGUGUUGGCGGUGUUAUAUACCCGAUCAUGUUUCGCCAACUUCAGCUGAAAAUUGGAUUUGCUUGGGCUGUUCGAGUGCUUGGAUUUGUAUCCCUUGCCACACUCUUGGUCGCAUGCUGCCUUCUAAAGAUCAGGUUCCAGCCUACGGAAAAACGUGCCCUGAUCCAGUUACACGCUUUCAAGGACCCUGUCUAUACGCUCUUCUGCAUUGGCGAGUUCAUCGGAUUUUCUGGCCUAUACAACACCAUGGUAUAUAUACAACCAUAUGCAAUCGAUAACCGUAUAAUUGGCGAGCAUCUUGCAUUCUACCUCCUCGCCAUGCUCAAUACCGCCUCUAGCUUUGGCCGCAUUCUCCCAAAUUAUAUUGCUGACUACAUCGGCCCUCUCAAUGUCAUCGGCCCCAUGGCCGUCAUCUCCGGCAUCCUCGGGUUUUGCUGGAUUGGAAUCCAUUCCUCCGGGGGAGUGAUUGCCCUGGCGGUUCUCUACGGUUUCUUCUCGGGCGGCUACGUUUCCAUACCUCCAAUCGUGAUCAUGAAUAUCACACCCGAUCUUCGAGACUUUGGCACCAGAUUGGGUAUGUCUUUCGUGUUCGUUGCGUCGGGGGCUUUGAUUGGUACCCCUAUUGGCGGUGCGCUCAUCAGUCAUAUGGGGGGAGAUUACCUGGGCGUGAAGGUAUUCACUGGGGCUUGCCUGCUUUGCUCGGGUAUUAUAAUGUGUACUGCAAGAUUUAUCAAAACAGGACCCCAUCUACUUGCUCGAAUGUGA